AUGGGUAGUAGAACAGGGGGGGGUUUCAGAAAAGAGAGAGCAUUUUUAUGUGUCCCUGACAAACAAGAGAUCUGGAGGAAGUACGACGCAGACAGCAGUGGGUACAUAUCUGCAGUGGAGCUGAAAAGUUUCCUAAAUGAUCUGUUUCUACAACAACAGACAACUGUAUCCUCCAGCAAACUGGAGGAGUACACAGAUGCCAUGAUGAAGAUCUUUUACAAAAAUAAAGAUGGAUGCUUGGAUUUGAACGAUUUGGCCAGAAUUCUGUCUCUGGAAGAGAACUUCCUGCUUGAGUUCAAACUGGAUGUGAGUCCCUGCCUCCUUCGUCUCUUGUAUUCCACAGCUUCAUUUUCUUAGGAAAAACACAAUUAAUCUGCCGCUCUGUUUCUACAGGCCUGCAGCAAAGAGGAGCGGAAGAGAGACUUUGAACACAUCUUUGACCACUAUGAUGUUAGCAAGACUGGAGCGUUGGAGGGGCCUGAGGUGGACGGCUUUGUUAAAGACAUGAUGGAAUUAGUUAAGGUGAGCA